GUCAAAAUCAAAACUGACGUGUUCAAUAUUUUCCAAGCGUAAGUCGUAAAAUUUUGUUUCUUACAUAUAUACAAAUUUAUUACCGUUAAUUUACAAAGUACUACACCAUUUACUUCAUAAUAUAAGAAUAAGUAUCAUGGAUAAGGAUAUAGUAGGGGCAGAAGGCAGAAGAUAGGAAGGCUUUUGUCUGCCGCAUAUCGCUGUCGUGCGUAAAAGUCUCGUUAGCCUUGCGUAGCCGAACAAGUGAGCGUGUCGUGCAUUAUUGAAACAAGUGCCGAGCCAAAAGCCGAGCUAUGUUGAUGCAAUCCUACCGUAACCCUUCGGAAGUUCCAGGACGUGCACAACAUCCUGCAAGAGGAACGGGAGGCAUUCUGGAUUCGCCCACGUUAGCCAGAGUUGAAAGAGCGAUGUUACGGCACGAAGAAGGGGUUAAUCGAGACGAACAGAGUAUUUUGAGGGCGCAGCAUACACAGUCGCUUCUUCCGAGCUUUGGAAAGGAGUCAGCACAUGUGAUAAAAAGGGGUCUGAUGUGGCAACAAAGAGACAGGCUCUUCAGUAGAUGGAAAGAGCGGUAUUUUAUUCUCACAAGAGACUACUUGCACGUAUUCAGAAGGGCUUCGGGAUCAGAUCGAAUUUCGGAGAUGGGGCAGUUCUUGUUCAAAGUAAAACUCAUCGAUAUAAUCAAAAUAGAAUGGGAAAACAAAAAGACUUAUAGUACAGUUGCCUUAUCACUCGGUAGGGAUGGAAAAAUUUAUCUAAGAUCUGCAGAGGGAUUGGAAGAUUGGUUUGAAUUACUAGAAGAAUGCAUGUUUACUAGUAAAGAAAGACGAAAAGCACUGAGGUAUUCCCAGAACGAUAAUAAUAAGCCUAGAGAUAACAAUAAUGUACCGUCUUUGGAUGAAUGGGUUACUUCACGUCAAAAAAUUGAUUUAGGACGAUUGGUGACAGAAAAUAUGAAUUCAAGACACGAGUCGGUAAUGAGGCGAAUAAGACCGCAAGUUGAAGAUGACUGGAUACCUCCUUCAUUGGAUAAUAGACUUUCUCUUUUGACUGACAUAGACGUUAGUGCCUACGAUGAUAGCACCAUAGGAACAACUCCUUCAGUAACUUCAUAUAGACUGAGCGAAGACGUUUUUUGUAUUCAGCCACCCUCACUUAGAGCAUUAGGAUCGUUCCGUUCUUCAAGAGAAACUGAAACCACUUCGCACAAUAAGCAAAAUGGGAAUACUCCAGAUACCAAAUAUUUUAAAUUUAGAGAACGUUCUUACAGCGAUAUUCAAAGAGUUUAAACACAUUCCUACAAAGAAACAACUAGAGCUGUCUCUUAUCAAACUAGUCAUAUCCAAAGUCAGUGGAGGCAUUUUUUUAUACCAAAAGGAAUACAAAUCGAAUUUAACGAAUUUUUUAAAAUGUUGAAUCACAAUUACCUAUAUGUUUUUAUUUAUGAAUCAAAUGUAUUUUUCCUAUUUAAAUACCUACAUUUAUUGAACCAACUUUGAGACAAUCUAAUGUAAUGGAGGUAUUAUAAUUUUGUAGAUUUUAGAAAAACUUUUGCAUGUUUAUAGACCAA